GGCCUGGCCAUCAUCAUGGGUAUCAUCGCCCUGGCGGGCCGGGGCUGGCUGGAGUCCGAGUCGGAGCCCUACGUGCAGCAAGCGUCGCUGUGGGAGAGCUGCACCCGCGGCGAGGAGGAUCUCAAUUGGAGCUGCGAGUCCCUCAUGGACUAUGGAUGGGGGAGAGCAGCAGCUGCCACGUACCUCGUUGGCUUUGUGAUCCUGGUUAUCUGUUUUGCCCUCGCAGUCAUUGCGUUCUCAAUCGAGAUACUCCGCUUCAAUUUUGUGCGAGGAAUUGGAGGCUUGCUCUUUGUUGUUGCUGCAUUCCAGAUCAUAGGCUUGGUCAUCUACCCGGUGAAAUUCACUGAAGAUAUUCCGCUGACGGGAGAUAAUAUGUUCAGCUGGGCCUAUGGUUUUGGUUGGGCCAGCACUGUUGUUGUAAUAGGUUGUGCUUUCUUCUUCUGCUGCCUCCCCAACUGGGAGGAUGAAGUCCUGGGAAACAUCAAGCCUAGCUGUUACUACUCCUCCCCAGAGAGAGCACCAUACUUAAAUUGAAAGGUUAAAUCAAAGUACAAUCAACUGUUAAAACAACAGAGGAGCACAUCUGAUGUAACUUUGGUGUGAUUAUAGGAGACUGAAAAAACCACCUUGUUUCUCCAGAGUAUUUCUUACUAGCCCUGGCAAUAAAUUAGUAAAAACAUUGGCAUGUUUAAGCAAAUAGCUUUUACCUAAAGUAUUAUUUACAUAUUCUCAUGUCGAUUCUGUUUGGGUGGUUUACUUGCUGCUUCCCCUCCCAACUAAUUGAUUCAUCCUUGUUUUAUUCAAACAUUUGCUUAUGAAUAAAGAUGUAGUGUUUCAAGUGUAGAAAGGAAGAGGAGAGAUUUUAAACAACCCAUUAGAGGGACGUGCAAGUUAUUUCAUUUUCACCUCUAACAAAAUUGCCUUAAAUUCAACUAGAAAAAAUCCCAACCUUCCAAAGAAUUCUUUUUCUUC